AUGCGUAUAGAGGAAUUGAAAGGAGGUGAGGUUGAAGAAGGUGGAGAGGAAGGGAAAUGGAGCUUUGUUGGUUCUGAUAUGAAGAGGGUUUUGGUUGGAGCAGGCGCUCGAGCGCUAUUCUAUCCCACGCUUGUUUAUAAUGUUGUUAGGAAUAGGCUUCAGGCUGAGUUUCGAUGGUGGGAUAAGGUUGAUGAGUUUGUAUUGUUAGGCGCGGUUCCAUUUCCUAUUGAUGUUCCUCGCUUGAAAGAUCUUGGUGUUCGUGGGGUCAUCACAUUGAAUGAGCCAUAUGAGACUUUAGUUCCAACCAUAUUAUAUCAUGCUCAUGGGAUUGAUCAUCUGGUGAUUCCUACUAGAGAUUACUGUUUUGCUCUACCACUAAAUGACAUAUGCCGCACUGUUGGUUUCAUACAUAAAAAUGCAUUGUCUGGACGAACUACCUAUGUCCACUGCAAAGCUGGACGGGGUCGCAGCACAACUAUUGUUAUUUGUUAUCUGAUGCAGUAUUUUAACUGCAAAUAUCUCCCGAAGAUAUUCAGUGGGUACCUGAGGAUCUUGGAAUUAAUCAUCGUGGGGGUUUUGGGGGAUCUGGUCAUGGGAUGA